GGGUCCUUCAGGCGGAACUGCGGGCACCCUCUGUUUACAUACACGUCACUAGGAAGUUUAUCCGAGAUGUUGAGACAGGAUUCGCAGGGUGACGUCCCUCUGUUUGAUGAGGAUGAAAAUGCAGCCAGUAAGAACAGAUCAAAAAUACAACACCCUCUGGCCACGUUCUUCCACCUGUUUUUUCGCGUGAGCGCUGUCCUCGUCUACCUGCUGUGUGAGAUUAUCAGCAGCAGCUUUAUCGCCUGUAUGGUAACAAUUAUCCUCCUGCUGUCCUGCGACUUCUGGACAGUAAAGAAUGUAACCGGGCGGCUGCUGGUGGGACUGAGGUGGUGGAAUCAGGUGGAUGAGAACGGGAGGAGCCACUGGGUGUUCGAGUCCAGAAAAGAAUCCAGCAGGAAGGUGGUCUCCAGUUCAGAGUCACGGAUCUUCUGGCUGGGUCUGAUCGUGUGUCCGAUCCUCUGGGUUCUCUUCGUGUUUUCUACUCUCUUCUCCUUUAAGAUUAAGUGGCUGGCGGUGGUGAUUAUGGGACUUGUGUUACAGUGGGCUAACCUGUACGGAUAUGUUCGGUGUAAAGUUGGAGCUGGGACCAAUCUGAGGAACAUGGCGACCAACUACCUCGGCUUUCAGCUCUUUAAACAGGCAAUGAACAAAUCCCAAGGACCCUGAUGUGCCCAGAGAUGAGUGACAGGGCUGAUGCUGCUGAUAUAGCUAUAAAUUAUUUGGUUUUCUUGAUGUCUAGAGGGACACUUAACUCCUUACCUUAACUAUCAUCUGCUUAUUUCAUUUUCCAUACCACUAAGAGUUUAUAAAGGGUUUAUAAAGGAGUUUAAUAAUGGAAAAGGGCAACAGGCAACAGUGGCCUUACUACUUACAUUCUUACUUUGUUUUUUCCAUCAGUCAGCAUUAACAUAGCUAAUAAAAUUAUAUAGAAAGUCUGUUUAAUAUAGUUAAACUGAAUCAGUUUCUCUGAUUUUGCUAUUUAUAGGUUUAUAUUUGAGUAAAAUGAACAUUGUUGUUUUAUUCUAUAAACUACAGACAACAUUUCUCCCAAAUUCCAAAUAAAAAUAUUCUCAUUUAGAGCAUUUAUUUACAGAAAAUGAGAAAUGACUGAAAUAACAAAAAAGAUGCAGAGCUUUCAGACCUCAAAUAAUGCAAAAAAAAAAAAGAAAACAAGUUCAUAUUCAUUUUUUAAGUUUUAAGAGUUCAGAAAUCAAUGUUUGGUGGAAUAACCCUGGUUGGUUUUUAAUCACAGUUUUUUUUCAUGCGUCUUGGAAUCAUGUUCUCCUCCACCAGUCUUACACACUGCUUUUGGAUAACUUUAUCCCUUAUAUAUUUCAGAGGUUUUCAAUUUGGUAAAAUCAAAGAAAGAGCUCUAUAUGUUAGUGCUGACUGAUAGAAAAGACAAAGAUUACCAGUAUAAAUUAAUGUGGAAUCAAUAUUUGGCAAAUGACAGCCCACUGUUUUCCUUUCUAUUGAUUUGUUGUAACUGCUUAUUAGUGGUUUUAAAGUAUUUACAACAAAAUUAAUAAUCAUUUAUAGACUCAUUUACUUAUAAAUCCUUUAUAAACCCUUAAUAAUGGAGCCUUAUUAAACUUAAACUGGUACCUCAUUUUCUAUUAUUGGGAUGUUUUCACACCUAAAAAUCUAAACAACUAAACAACUUUACUACAUCCUCUAGUCAUCAUCACCUAUGUGGGCGGAGUCUCACUAUACUACACCCACUGAUUGGUUUGUAAAAUGUUCGAUGAGUUGCCAUUCCAGGUGUUGUGCUGAAUUGUGUCUUUCUGCCAGAAUGAGUGUAACAGAUUUAGAGUUUAGAAAUAAUGAUUAAUCUACAGUUACAGUAGAUACAGAAUCACCAGCACCUUUAUCCGCGUGAAUGUGGUGUUUGGGGUAUUUGAGACAGAUUUCUCUGGCUCUUAGAUUUAUGUUUCCUUUUAAAUAUAAUAGGGUGGGGUAUAUAUACUGUAUCAAUAUAGUGUAAAUAUAUUUCAAAGUGGAAGGAUGAUGCAAUAUAUUAGUAUAUAUAUAUAUAUAUAUAUUUUUUUUUUUUCUAUAUAUUAUUUUCUAUGAGAUGUGAUUCUGUUAUUGAUGAUUGACACACAUUCUGCUUUUUUUGAUUGUUGGUGAAGUUUUCUUUAAUAAUUUCAUUCUCAUUGUUGAGAGAUGCAGUACCAGUCAAAUAGUCAAAACUUUGGACAUACCCUAAAUUUAAAUCAUUAAUUUAAAACAUUUUGCAUUAUAGAUUAAUAGUAAAGGCAUCCAAACUAUGAAGAAAACAAACCAAAAUAGACGAUUUUAGAUGAUCAGUUUUGAACAUCUCUGCUGGAUUUUCUCAGUCAGUUUUAUGAGGUAGAGUCACCUGGAAUUCAGGCUUUCAGUUAACAGCUGUGCUGAACUCAUCAAGAGUUAAUUACUUGAAUUUCUUGUCUCUUAAUAAAGUGUUUGAGAGCAUCAGUUAAAGUAAAGUAGUGAAGAGGUAGAGUUACAGGUAUACAGUGAAUAGUGAAUAAUAGUGAGUAAUGUUCUAAUAUCUAAUAUUAUGAGAAGCAACAACUACUCAACUAAAUAAAGAAAAGUAAAAAAUGACUUACAAAAAUUAAGUUUAGUCAAACAAAAAGUCAAUUUUAAGAACUCAAAAAAUAUUCUUAAGUGCAGUCGCAAAAAAGACCAUCAAAAAUGCAAUGAUGGUGAAACUGGCACUCAUCAGGUCCACCCCUCUGGAUCACUUCAGUAUUCAUUUACAAUGUAGGGAAUAAAAAAAAAUACUUUUGACUGGUACUGUAAAUGAGAUUUAAUCUUAUCAAAAUGUGGGAUUAAUUAUUUGAGCCGAUCGUUGCAAUAAAAAAAUUAACACAUA